AAAAGUAGGAGAAAGCAAGAGAAAUUGAGUGAGAGCUCUUGUGAGAGAAAAGAAAGAGAGAAAUUGUGAGAAAUUCUUGUGUAGAUUAAGAGGGAGUAUUAGGGAGAAUUUGAGAGUUUCUAUACAUUGAAGCUAGGGUGUUGAGUGCUUCUUGAAGCUGUUGGUAGAGCUCCUGAUGUUGUGGCGAAAUGCAAACUGAAACCAUAAAGUAUUCAAUUCAGGUGUUUGAUGGCAAGAAUAACUUUGCUCUAUGGCAAAGCACUGUGAAGGAUGUCCUUACUUGUCAAGGACUUGACGCAGCUCUAGAAGAGACCAAGCCAGCUAAGAUGAAAGAUAGUGAUUGGAUGGGUAAGACUACUUUGGUGAUGAAAGAUGUCACAUCCAUGUUGUUGGAGAAUGACAAGUUUCUUAGGGAGGAUGAUGGUGCCAAUCAAACUAAUGCUUUGGUGAUGGAGCACUCUCGGGGAAGAUCCAAUGGACGUGGAGGUCACAAACAGUAUAAAUGCCCGAAGUUUAAGGAGGACUUUUCUAAUAUGAAAAUAUUGAUGAAAAGUCAAGAAACCAAGGGCAAGGGGGAGGCUAAUAUUGUUGAGAAAAAUGUGGUUGAAGUAUUAGCUUGUGAAGAGUGUGAUCUUGAGGUGGAGCAAAACAAUCAAAGGUGCAUUUUGAACUCUGCUGCAACUACGCAUGUGUGCAAUAAUCCUUCGGAAUUUGUGAGUUUGGUUCAGGGGGAGCUUGGCAAAACAACAGUGGCUUCCAGUGAGAAGGUGGAUAUUGAAGGCAUAGGAGUAUGUUCGUCUCAAUGUUCAGAAUGGGAAAGCCAAGAUUCUCAAGAAUGUGAGAUAAAGCAAGAAUGGUGCAAGGUCUACAAAGGUGGAAGACUUGUCUUGCGUGAGAGGAAGAACAAGCACAACAUCUAUGUGCUUGAGCAACAUCUCGAGAGAAGGCUCAACAAGACCAUGAGGAAGAUGGUAUGGAAGCCUAAAGGGAUCUAGGCAAUGGGCAAGCAAGAGUAGGAGAAAGCAAGAGAAAUUGAGUGAGAGCUCUUGUGAGAGAAAAGAAAGAGAGAAAUUGUGAGAAAUCCUUGUGUAGAUUAAGAGGGAGUAUUAGGGAGAAUUUGGGAGCUUCUAUACAUUGAAACUAGGGUGUUGAGUGCUUCUUGAGUGAAAGAGCUUCAAAAUUAUUGUAUUCUUUUUCUUAAUAAUGAAUUUAUUUCUCU